UAAUCAGAUUGGAUGUAAGUCCAUCAGUUUGCAAAGCUUUGAGAACUUCACCUCACUGUCAUUUUCAGUUACUGGCUUUAGUAGGCGCUGCACUGGCCUUUUUGAUGGGUUGAAUUAACAGCCAUGAACGUAUGGACUGAAGCAAUAAACUAGAGCUGAAAGGACUAGAAUGCAGCCAGAGCUCCUGUGGCUGACGAUGCUGUCCGUCUCUGAGGUCAGCGGUCAGAGAAAUAGGCUAUUUCAGGAGUAAGUGGAUUAGAUGGUAAAUCUUGAGGGAGUCUGAAAUAGCUGCUUUACUCUUUGGCUUGAUGUGAGCACAGAACAGCAGUAUUAACUCUACCUUCAGUCAGACACUCGCCGUUUGAAAAUGACCAGGAUGUACAGCCGAUCUGGAUGGGUCCAUGAGCUUUGCACAGUGAGGAAGAUUGUGCAUCUUAAAGGAAGACAAAAUAAAUGAUAUAUUGACACAAUUGAUCAAAUCAGCUGAGGAUUCAAUGGAUCGAAGAGAAAGUACAGUUGAUUUUCUCUAGCUGUGUUUGGAUAUUACCAUGGAGGAAGGAGUAUCAUGGACUUUGUGACGGGUUCCAGGGUCCCCAGAGCAAAAUACACAAUGGUUCAAGAGGCGGUGUGUUAUAUGAUCCCCUACCGUAUGCAGUGCUCCAUGGGAUGUGGUGGGCAGAACUGCAAGUACGAGGAUCCUUCACACUGGAGUGAAGACGACCAGGCCAUCAGAGGAAUCUACUCGUCUUGGAUCACUGAUAAUCUGCUGGCUAUGGCCCGCCCUUCCACCAAAAUCAUUGAAAAAUUUGACGUAAUAGACCAGUUUUUGAGUGUGGUUUGAGGACCAUUAUUAACCUCCAGUGCCCUGGCGAACAUGCCAGCUGUGGAAACCCGCUGGAUCCCCAGAGUGGCUUUACUUACCGACCGGAGACAUUCAUGGAGGCUGGCAUAUAUUUCUACAACUUUAGAUGGAAUGACUAUGGUGUGGCGUCUCUCACAUCCAUCUUGGAUAUGGUGAAAGUCAUGUCUUUUGCCAUCCAAGAAGGCAAAAUGGCUGUUCACUGCCACGCAGGGCUUGGCAGAACAGGUGUGUUGCUGGCCUGUUUCUUCUUGUUCACCACACAGAUGACAGCAGACCAAGCCAUUCUGUUAGUUCGAAGCAAACGACCAAACUCGAUCCAGACUAGAGGACAGCUCCAGUGCGUCAGGCAGUUUGCUCAGUUCCUGGUUCCGCUAAGGAACGUGUUUGCUAACGCUGAGCCUAGAGCGCCACCUGUUACUCUUUCACAAUACUUGGUAUGCCAGAAACAUAUACUGCACGGAUACGAGGCUCGGAAGUUGAGAUACGUGCCAAAGCUCGUCACUCUCAUCUGCAGACUCUUACUGGACAUCGCAGAGAAUCGCCAGGUUAUCGAGGAGGACAUUGUCGAGGUUCCUGACGUCACACCUGUGGCAGAGAAAACUUUUAAUGAGAAUUCAGUGUACCAGUUAAACAGAGAGAUUUUGGGAAAUGGGAUGGCUAUGAUCAGUCCCCGUCUUCCAGGUCUACCCAGAGCCAAUAGAGGCAACACUCAACCUCUUUACUAUGUCCGUAAGAGCCUCAGCUACAGUGAGUCUGACCUCCAGAGGUUAGCAGCGUCUUUAAACCUCUUGGAUAACCCUCUUGGGGUUUUAGCCAGCAUCCACUCAACUACCAUCAAUGAUCAGCUGGGAGCUUUCAACUGUGUUUCCCAGAACUACGUCACUCCUUCUCUGGGGGCUUGUAAGGACAAUCCCAUCUACAGCUCAACCAGCAAUUUAUGGGAGCUGAAAACACUUAUGGACCAGACAGAAGGAUCUCCACUGCUCAAAACCAGGAGGCAGUCGGUCCUGCAGCGAAGCCAAUCUUUAGGCAUUUCAGAUGAGAAAAGCACCACAAGCAUCACCCGAAUACUGUCCUACUGGAGGAAAGACUGCAAGCAAAGUUCUGACCCUGACGAGGCUCAACUCAAUGAAAAGGAGCAUUCGGAGGUGCCCUUCAUCACUGUCCAGUCCGAGCUGUCUCUGGAGUCACGUCGCCUCCUGGUGGCUCAGUCCCUUGCGGUAGACCUCGAGAAGGAUGGAGAGAAGGAGCAAAUUCAGAAGGUGUCUACUUGGCAGGCAGAUCUUAAUCGUCAAGGUGCGUGGGAGCGACUGUGUUUGGAAAAAGACCCAUUUAUUCUGUCUGGAAUCAUGUGGUCCUGGCUGGAGCAGCUCAAAGAGCCAAUCAUCUCAGCUCAUGAUGUUCACACACUAACAGAGAACAGCCAGGACACCAAAACUGUGCUCAAUUGCCUAGAUAGGGCUUCAAGAGAAACAGUGAUGUGUAUUCUGGACUGCUUUGCUCAUGUAUUAACAAUACCCGAGGAAGUUGAGAGCACUUUCCUGGAGCGAGCAACCAAAGCUUUCACAAAGAUGAAAAACAGAGAUGGUGGGAAGAGUGUCCACAAAAUCAUGAACGGGAUCUUGAAGAUUGUUCUGCAUCAUUUGAGGUCGGCUGCCAUGAACGAGUUUGAGGUCUAACACAUGUGACAGUAACUAGCUGAACAUCUUUAUUACAAAGAGAAUUUUUCAUCUUUGUCCAACAUCAAAGACAAGCUCUACACAUCUGCUGCUGCAGUUUCUUUGGUUGUUUCUCAGGUCUCGGUUCUGAUGAGGAAUCCAGCAUGUAAUAUAGCCCACAGAUAGACUAAUUAUAAUCGUCCCAUUUGUAGAAGUUGGAAAAUGCAUUUUACAUGGUAAAUUAUUUGAUGUAAAAAAAAAAAAUACCAUACACUGUAUAUUAUGUGCCAUAGUGCUAAUACUUGAAAAGCAUC